GUGGCAGCAGCUGCAGCAGCGGCGGCGGCAGCAGCGGCAGGAGCUGCUGCAGCAGCGGCGGAGGCUGCUGCUGGACUCUUUGGGGUCGCGCAGUCGCAGCCCCAGUCCGGAGGCUCCGGGCGGUGCGUUUGUUGCUGCGGCCGCUGCUGCUGUUGCAGACCACCGGCUGCCACCCGGGCCCCCGCUGCCACCGGGACCCCGGAUGCCGUCUGCACUCCAGUUGACUCUGCCGGAGAGUGUGCCCCAGCCUGGACGCCGCCCCCGGCCUGGUCUCCAGUCCUCCGCCGCACCUCCCAUGACAGCUCCCGCACGAAGAUGGCUGCGAAGGGCGCGCACGGCUCCCACCUGAAGGUGGAGAGCGAGGUGGAGCGCUGCCGCGCUGAGGGCCACUGGGACCGCAUGUUCGAGCUGGUCCGGCAUCUGCAGACGCUGGGCAUUUCCGGCGGCGGCGGUAGCAACCGGCGAAGCAGCCCGAGCGGCAGGUUCAGCUUUCUAGACACCGAUGACUUUGGGAAGCUGUUGCUAGCAGAGGCCCUUCUGGAGCAGUGUUUGAAGGAUAACCACAACAAAAUAAAAGACUCCAUCCCUUUGCUGGAGAAGAAUGAGCCCAGGCUAACCGAAGCCAAAGAUCAUCUGAGCAGCGUCCUGAACAAUGGGAGGCUGCCGCCACAGUACAUGUGUGAGGCCAUGCUGAUCCUGGGCAAGCUGCAUUACGUGGAGGGCUCAUACCGGGACGCCAUCAGCAUGUAUGCGCGGGCCGGGAUUGAUGACAUAUCCGUGGAGAACAAGCCCCUGUAUCAGAUGCGGUUGUUGUCAGAGGCAUUUGUCAUCAAAGGCCUCUCCCUGGAACGCUUGCCCAACUCCAUCGCCUCCCACAUCCGCCUGACAGAGCGGGAGGAGGAAGUGGUUGCCUGUUUUGAGAGGGCCUCCUGGGUGGCUCAGGUGUUCCUGCAGGAGUUGGAGAAGACUUCAAACAACAGCGCCUCUCGGCACCUGAAAGGCAGCCCCUCAGCUGACUAUGAACUCACGUACUUCUUGGAAGCUGCCCUCCAGAGUGCGUAUGUGAAGAACCUGAAGAAAGGGAACAUCGUGAAAGGCAUGAGGGAGCUGCGGGAGAUUCUGAGGACUGUGGAGACCAAAGCAACGCAAAACUUCAAAGUGGUGGCGGCCAAGCACCUGGCAGGGGUCCUGCUGCAUUCCCUGAGUGAGGAAUGUUACUGGAGCCCCUUGUCCCACCCUCUGCCUGAGUUCAUGAGCAAGGAGGAGAAUUCUUUCAUCACCCAGACCCUUCGGAAACCUCACCUCUAUGAAGGAGACAACCUCUACUGCCCCAAAGACAACAUAGAGGAGGCGCUCUUGCUGCUGCUUAUCAGUGAGUCCAUGGCUACUCGGGACGUGGUACUCAGUCGGGCACCAGAGCAGGAGGAGGACCGGAGAGUGAGCUUACAGAAUGCUUCAGCCAUCUAUGACCUCCUGAGCAUCACCCUGGGCAGGCGGGGCCAGUACGCCAUGCUUUCUGAGUGCCUAGAGCGAGCCAUGAAGUAUGCAUUUGGAGAAUUUCACCUUUGGUACCAAGUGGCCCUCUCCAUGGUAGCUUGUGGGAAGUCAGCCUACGCUGUGUCGCUGCUCCGGGAAUGCAUGAAGCUGCAGCCCUCGAACCCCACAGUGCCCCUGAUGGCUGCCAAGGUCUGCAUUGGGUCCCUGCACUGGCUAGAAGAGGCAGAACACUUUGCCACGGUGGUGAUCAGCCUUGGAGAGGAAGCAGGAGAGUUCCUGCCUAAAGGCUACCUGGCCCUGGGUCUCACCUACAGUCUGCAGGCCACUGAUGCCACCCUGAAGUCCAAGCAAGAUGAAUUGCACCGCAAGGCGCUGCAGACACUUGAGCGAGCCCAGGAACUGGCACCCGAUGACCCCCAGAUUAUCUUCUAUGUCUCCCUGCAGCUUGCCCUCGUCCGACAGAUCUCCAGCGCCAUGGAGCAUCUCCAGGAGGUCCUGACGGUGAGCAGGGAUGAUGCCAAUGCCCUCCACUUGCUAGCGCUGCUCUUCUCCGCCCAGAAGCACUACCAGCACGCCCUGGAUGUCAUCAAUAUGGCCAUCACCGAGUACCCCGAGAACUUCAACCUGAUGUUCACCAAGGUGAAGCUGGAGCAGGUUCUGAAAGGGCCGGAGGAAGCCCUCGUGACCUGCAGGCAAAUGCUGAGGCUGUGGCAGACCCUCUACAACUUCUCUCAGCUGGGAGGCCUGGAAAGGGAUGGCAGCUUUGAGGGCCUCACAGUGAAGAAGCAGAACGGCAUUCACCUGACCCUGCCAGAUGCGCAUGAUGCAGAAUCCGCAGGCUCUCGGAGGGCAUCAUCUAUUGCAGCCUCGAGGCUGGAGGAGGCCAUGUCGGAGCUGACCAUAACAACCUCGGUCCUGAAGCAGGGCCCCAUGCAGCUAUGGACCACACUGGAACAGAUCUGGCUCCAGGCCGCUGAGCUGUUCAUGGAGCAGAGACACCUCAAGGAAGCAGGUUUCUGCAUCCAGGAGGCUGCUGGCCUCUUCCCCACCUCUCACUCGGUGCUCUACAUGCGGGGCCGGCUGGCUGAGGUGAAGGGCAACUUGGAAGAGGCAAAGCAGCUGUACAAGGAGGCGCUCACAGUGAACCCGGACGGCGUGUGCAUCAUGUACAGCCUGGGUCUGAUGCUGAGUCAACUGGGCCACAAGAGCCUGGCUCAGAAGGUGCUGCGGGAUGCUGUGGAGAGACAGAGCACCUGCCACGAAGCCUGGCAGGGCCUGGGUGAGGUGCUGCAGGACCAGGGCCAGAAUGAGGCUGCCGCCGAUUGCUUUCUCACUGCCCUGGAGCUGGAGGCCAGCAACCCCGUGCUCCCCUUCUCCAUCAUCCCCAGAGAGCUGUGAGCCUCUGCAGAGGCUGCCGGCCGUCCAGUGUGCACAGCAGACAUAGGCAGGGGGCAGGGAAGGACGGCUGCACUCAGGUGUGGGCCUCAGGGAAUAGAUGAUUAGUGAACGCUUUCACAGGCUCUGAUGCCAGUUCUCCACCCACCCCCCCACCCACUGCAGGGCCAACUAGGCCUGAGAUGCCAUCUGAAGCUGGGUGGACAAGAUUUGCAUCCAAAGCAAAUGCAUUGCUCCCUGGAGGCCGACAUUGUGGUGUUGCUGAGCACGGGGGGGGGGGGGGGGGGGGGCCUUUAGAUAAAAGGUGUGUUUGGACCCAAGCCCCACCGUCAGAUCCCCGAUACCCCCUCUCCGGAUUUCCUGGUUUUGAUCUUGAGUUGGUGUCCCAUAGAGAUGAACCUGCCAGCUGCCCUCUGGCUGAGCCAGGCUUUUCCUGGCCUUUCCUGGUACCUUGGGAGACAAACUGGCUUAAAUCUGACUUUCCAGAGCUGUGGCAUGCCAAGAACCUUGGACACACUUCCCCCAUCCAAUCCCAGGGCAGUGCAAGCUUGGAGAUUGUUCUUGGGCCUUGCCCAGGACAGCCACAGCUUGAGGUCCCGGAUACAGGGAGGAAAGUGGGCUCCUGGGUUCCUGUGAGACUGAAUUAGCACCGUUGAUGCCCAGUGUUGCCUCUGUGGGGAGGUUUCCUGAGAGCUACGGGUACUUUCUGUGUGCCACCAAGUGCCUUUGGGGCUCAUAUCAGGCCAGGCCUCCCAAAGGCUUCCAUUUUCACCACUCCCGUCUCCCUGGAAACAUGCCCCAGCCAGCAGCCUCCAUGUGCCUUAUACCAAUGGCCUCUAGGGUAGGCCUUGAAAUACAAAGCAGGGUUCUGACCUAGCCAUUUCUAGUGCCUUGAGUGCACAUUUCUUCAAGGCUUUCCCUGCAGUGCAGGUCCCUCUGGGGUGAGGGACAUGGAAGUGACAGUUUCUAGGACUUCCCCCAAUACACAUCCUCAUUCCCAGCCCAGUUUUCAUGCUGGGCUUUGUUGAGUGACCCAUACCCCAGCUUGGUCUUUAAGCUCCCCUCUUCCAGAGCCCCACAGAGCCCGUGCUUGGGUGGAUGGAGGAGGAUGGGGAUAGGGCCAGGGGCCAGGCAGAUGUCCCUCGCUGACUUGUCAGCCGGCCAUUUUGCCUCUGGAACUUCCCUUAGGAACUGUCCCCCAUGGUGUGGCAGAGAGUCCCCCUCUCCCCUGCACUCUGGCUGGGUCUCCCUCAGUUUCACCUUGCUCUCGCUUGAGAACGUAGGGUGUUGAGAGCUGCCUGGUUUACCAUGGCCAGCACAGCUUCCUGGAUGGAGCAGACCAUUGGAGCCUGGCUUUAUCCUUUACUGCCUUAGCACUGCAUGUCCCCUCUUGUCCCCAGGGAGCUGGUAUCCCCUGGUCACAGCCCCAGGCCAGAGGGAAGAUAUUCGGUCCUUGGUCUCUUGGUUGAAGGUCUCUAUGUGUAUGUGUGUAUAUAAAUAUGGAUAGAUAUAUAUGCUAAACAUCUAUAUUUUUAUGGAAUUCUGUUAGAAAAAGAGUAAAAACUAAGCAGAUACUAUUGGUUUAUCUUGAAGAGAUGGUUAGUCUGAGCAGUGGGAAAGACACCAAAUGCAUUCUGACUUAAGUGUUCCGUCUUUGGAGGCCAUGGGGGACAGGGCCCAGUAACCUUGGAAACUGAAUAAAUGACCCUUGAAGGGGAAA